AUGGGGAGAGCUCCUUGCUGUGACAAAGCCAACGUCAAGAAAGGCCCCUGGUCGCCCGACGAAGACACCAAGCUAAAGGCCUACAUGGAGAAAAAUGGCACCGGCACCGGAGGCAACUGGAUAUCCUUACCUCAAAAAAUAGGCCUUAAGAGGUGCGGGAAGAGUUGUAGGCUUAGAUGGUUAAAUUACCUCAGGCCGAAUAUCAAGCAUGGAGGGUUUACUGAGGAAGAAGAUAACCUAAUCUGCAAUCUCUAUAAAAGCAUCGGAAGCAGAUGGUCUAUUAUCGCGGGGAAAUUACCUGGAAGAACAGAUAAUGACAUUAAAAACUAUUGGAACACAAGGUUGAAGAAAAAGCUACUGGGUAAGCAGCGUAGAGAACAAGAGGCUCGGUUCAAUUACACUUGGCCACAUCAGCCAUUUGCCUUGCAAGAUGUAGCAAAUCCAAGCCAGGAUCAUCUAAAUGAACAAGAAUCCCUUGCCAGUUUGAAGGUCCAGACUGCAGGAGAAAGAUUUUCUUAUGAUCUUCAACAAAAAAAGUAUGGUUUAUUUGCUACAAGUAAACGCAGCAUCAGCAAUGGAAUUUUUUAUGACACAGAUGUCUCAUUUACUCAAGACAAAAUGGGUGAAAAUUCAGUUAAUAUGCUCACCUCUUCGACCUAUUCGAGUUUCUUAACUAGCUCUUGUCCUCCAAUGACAAGCGACUGCUGUGGCGUCGACAUUACAGCGGGUAACACUUUUCAAGAACUCGAAAAAAUCCGGGUAGAGAUGGACUAUAAUUUUCCGCAACAAUUAGAUGGAUUAGAGAAUUUAUCUAUACCGGAAAUGGUGAACUGCUGCAGUGUUUACCCUCCUAUGAUUUCGAAUUACGAAGCUUUCCAAGAAAUUCCACAUGAUUUUUCGUUUGAUAAGUCGAGUUCCAUAGCUUUACGACAGGAUCACGGUGCCUCAAAGGUGUAA